UAGAAAGCUAGUGUAAAUGGGCUUGUUUUGGGCCGUUUCAUGUCAUUAAGAGUCCAGCCCAGGUGUAGUUUCCUGAAAUACUUUGUAUGAAAAACAACACUUUUGUCCUUUCCGCCUAUGGAUUCAAAAGUAUCUCACAUUCACUCCAAACACUUCCAUUUCUGAAUCUGAAUCUCGUUUUCAAACUUCUUCAAAUUUGUUUCAUCUUCUUAAUUGUUUCCUGUUUUGACACUACACACUUCCAUCACUAACUGCAACUACAAACACUCCCAAACUAUGAACAGUCAAUGUGAUUAGACCAGAUUUUUUUAAACCAAUCUCAUCUCUGUCUUUUACUUCAUGUCAGACACCUGCAAUUCUCGCCAUUUCUCAUGGCUCAUGAAAUCAUGCUUCCCCAACCCCCAUGACACCACCACCCCUCUCACCCCUAUUCUUCAUCCCCAAACCAAUCUCUCUUCUCUCCCAGACGACCUUCUCCUCGAAUGUCUCUCCAGAGUCCCUUCCUCCUCCAUCUCUUCCCUUUCCCUUGUCUGUCGCCGAUGGUCCCGCCUCCUCCUCUCUUCUUCUUUCCUACACCUCCGCCGAACCCUUCACCUUCUUCAUCCUUCCCUCUUCGCCAUCUCCGCUACUGAAUGCGGCCUCUUCGUUGCCUCUCUUCCCUUCCAAUGCGACAAUGCAUCAUGGACACUCCCUCUCUCUCUCCCCAUCACCUCUCUUUCCCUUCACCAUAUUCAGGGAGUUCUCUCACAUGCUCGCGCAGUAGCCGUUGGACCGCGACUAUACCUCAUUGGCAGAAACGCCAUGGUGAGAUACGACACUUGGACAACAACCCUAGUCGCCAGAUCUCCCAUGAUUUUCCCUCGCAAAAAGUUCGCCACCGCCGUCGUCCAAGGUAAGAUUUACGUAGCCGGAGGCGGCGGCUCCAGAGCUGGAGCGGCCGCAGCGGAAGCCGUUGAGGAGUAUGACCCUGAAACCGACAGGUGGCGCGUGGUCGCCCAAGCACCGAGGAAGCGGUAUGGAUGCGUCGGGGCAGCCGCCGACGGAGUAUUCUACGUGAUUGGCGGGUUGAGAAUCGGCGGCGCGGUGGGAAACGAAUCAGCGAGGGGGGGAGCUACAGGGGCUCAGGCGCACGUUUAUGCCAGCUCCAUCGACAUGUACGACGUGGAGGCGCGUGGAUGGCUGAGGAGUCGGGCGCUUCCGGGCGGCGGGUGCGUGGUGGCGGCAUGUGCAGUGAUGGGGCAGGUGUACGUGCUGGCAAGCCACGCCGUGGAGCUGUCUUUUUGGCGAUUCGAGGGACGACGGAAGAGCACAAACGGCGGUGGUUUUGGGGAGUGGCAAAGGAUAAAGACCCCGCCGGUGCCGAGUCAGGUGAGACUGGACAACACGGUGAGGUUCAGCUGUGUAGGAGUUGGGGAGAAGGUGGUGUUGGUUCAGGUGGUGGGGUGCAUAGAUGACUUGUUGAGAAGAAGCGGGAGGAGCCAACAAGGAUUACGAGAGGGACUUGUAUUGGUAUACGAUACGGUGCGCGGAGAGUGGGGUAGAGGGGCGCAUUUGCCGGAGUUGAUGCGACGCGCUGCCUGCGCGUGUGCGGAGUGGUGACAUUAUAAUAUGAUAUUUGUGGGGUUGGGCUAAAUUGCGCCGUAGGUUGUGUAGUGUGGGAAGGAGACAGUAUGAUAUGGGGUGUAACGUGUAACGUGUUAGGGUGUUGAAAAAAGGGACGUCUUGGGGCGAUGCCU